CACCCGCAUACUCAAGGCCACAACGCACUCGAUCGGCAGUCGCCACCGUACACGUGAGAUCGAGAACUUGAUCAUCGACCGCGACAUCGCCAUGGGCGGCCUCUCCAUGGACCAGGCCUUCGUGCAGGCGCCCGAGCAUCGCACCAAGGCGAACCUCGCCGACGCGGACGGCAUCCCGGUCAUCGACCUCUCCCCUCUCGCGGCCGGCGACAAGGCCGGCGUGGACGCCCUCGCCGCCGAGGUGGGCAGGGCGAGCCAGGACUGGGGGUUCUUCGUGGUGGUGCGCCACGGCGUGCUGGCGGAGACGGUGGCGCGGGCGCUGGAGGCGCAGAGGGCCUUCUUCGCGCUGCCGGCGGACCGGAAGGCGGCCGUGCGGAGGGACGAGGCGGCACCGCUGGGGUACUACGAGUCGGAGCACACCAAGAACGUCAGGGACUGGAAGGAGGUGUUCGACCUCGUCCCCCGCGAGCCGCCGCCGCCUGCCGCGGUUGCCGACGGCGAGCUCGUGUUCGAGAACAAGUGGCCCGAGGACCUGCCGCGGUUCAGAGAGGCGCUCGAGGAGUACGCGGAAGCGAUGGAGGAGCUGGCGUUCAAGCUGCUGGAGCUGAUCGCCCGGAGCCUGGGCCUGCGACCGGACCGCCUGCGCGGCUUCUUCAAGGACCAGACCACCUUCAUCCGGCUGAACCACUAUCCGCCCUGCCCGAGCCCCGACCUCGCCCUCGGCGUCGGCCGCCACAAGGACGCCGGCGCGCUCACCAUCCUCUACCAGGACGACGUCGGCGGGCUGGACGUCCGGCGCCGGUCCGACGGCGAGUGGGUGCGCGUCAGGCCCGUCCCGGACUCGUACGUCAUCAACGUCGGCGACAUCAUCCAGGUGUGGAGCAACGACAGGUACGAGAGCGCGGAGCACAGGGUGUCGGUGAACUCGCAGAAGGAGAGGUUCUCCAUGCCCUACUUCUUCAACCCCGGGAGCGACGCCAUGGUCGAGCCGCUGGAGGAGAUGGUGAGCGACGAGAGGCCGGCCAGGUACGACGCCUACAACUGGGGCAACUUCUUCAGCACCAGGAAGAACAGCAACUUCAGGAAGCUCGACGUCGAAAACGUCCAGAUCGCACACUUCAGAAAGGACCGAUCUUGAAUGAAGGAUCCAUCGUGAAUUCAUGAUCCUACCGCUCUCCUCGGUGAUCCUAAUGCUACAAGCAUCUCCCCGUUUGUAGUAAUAUAAAUAAGUAAUUGUGUCGGUUCAAAAAAUAAAUAAGUAAUUGUCGGUAUUAAUAAUUACUUUCUCCGUCCCAUAAUAUAAAAGCGUUUUUGACACUAGUAUAAUACCAAAAACGCUCUUAUAUUAUGGGACAGAGGGAGUACUUCCCCUGUUUCAAAAUAAGUGAUGAUGUGGUUUUAAUUCAAAUUUGAACGGAGGCAACUAAAAAGGAUAUUUUAGGACCGAGGGAGUACUGGAUAUAUAUGUGUGUGUAUUUCAAUGUGAUUUGGCGCAUUUGAGCAGAUCAUUAUUACUGCA